AUGGCUGCCCUCGCAGGACCAUCGACAUGGCAAAGUCUGAUUCGGCAAAGACUCGAGGAGAGAGACUCGAGGGAGAAGAGCUACGAUGAGAUCAUCACCAAUUGUGAGUCUGACCAACGAGUGACAAGGCAUGCGCGGAUGCUUGAGGAGCGGAGUCGUAGUAUGCUCUCCGCGGCAGGAGCGAGAUCCAAUGCGGCACCUGCUGAACAUGCAGUCGCGUCUACGGUUGCAGUAGCAGCUGGUGGUGGUGGUGCUGCUGCCCCUGCGAGCACAGAUAAGGACAAUGCCGUUCAACGGGCCUAUCUUGCGUCGCUCGAGCAACAGCUGAAUGCAGCAAAAGAUGAGCUUUCGAUGCUCUACAAGACACAGUCGCAGAAUGCGCAAAGGUUGCUGGUGCUCAACGAGCAAUUGAGAGAUCGAGACGACAAGGAACGAGAGGGGAGCGAGAACGUCAAGCGGCUUGUAGACGAGAGCGCCAGAGUCAAGCGGAGGGAAGAAGAUCUGAAAGCAGUGCUCGGAGAAAAAGACAAGAUGAUACAGCUUCUGCAAGACGAGCUCUCCACUCUGUCUCUGGAGCUCAGUCAGGUUGAGUCUCGCAACGACGAUCUGUCGAGAGACAAUGCCAUGCUCGUCCAAAGAUGGCUCGACAAGAUGAACGAGCAGGUCGACAAAAUGAAUGAGGGUAACCGUAUAGAAGAGGAGAAGAGUAAGCGAGGCAUAGAGACCUCCGAUGAGACAGACUUUGAGCCGAUUGAAGGCGCCGGCAAGGUCGACGACAAGGGCAAGAAGCCGGCCUAGUCUCCACCCACGACAUCAUUCAUACCCCAUCAAUGCAUCUGCUGUUCCUUGGUAUCUCAUUCAACCGAUCGCAUACGAAGCAAGGGUAGUUUGUCGAAAGAACGAAGAUGUGUCCACG